AAAGGAGGAAGGCAUAGGCAGCCGACACAGUGCGGAUUAUAACUCUGCUCGCCUCUCGCCUCUGUCAAACUGUUUGCUGAAGUGAUUUUUCGGUUCUCUUUUCCCCUUAAUUUUUUUGUCGAAUUUGAGCUUCAAAACAGAAGCUUAAGCUACUUAAAGGAGUAUCGGUAAUCAAUUGAAAGGUUCCGUUGUGUAAUUCGAGGUGAAAAUGGCAAAGACUAAAGCUUCCUCAAAGAAGCAGCAAAAGCGUGGUGUUGAUUUCAAGAAAAUUAAGCGAAAGCUCGGAAGAAAAUUGCCACCUCCUAAGAAUGCUACAAACACUGAAAUUAAAUCCAAAGCAAUUGUUCUUCCUGAGCAGAGUGUGGCCUCUGAUAAAGCUGGUUUAGCUGUUAGCAAAAAAGGCUUGACUUUGAAAGAGCUUCUUCAACAAACUUCCCAUCACAAUGCAAAAGUCCGCAAAGAUGCAUUGAAUGGUAUGAGAGAUUUAUUUCUGAAGUAUCCAGAAGAAUUGACAAUGCACAGAUAUGCAGUUAUGGAAAAACUACGAGAGCGCAUCAGUGAUGAUGAUAAAAUGGUUCGGGAAACCCUUUAUCAACUUCUUAAGUCAGUGGUUUUACCUGGCUGUAAAGAGGAUAAUCAAGUGCCUUUCAUUUCUUUAAUGAUGGCGUACAUUUUUAAUGCAAUGACACAUUUAGCAGUUGAAGUUCGGCUUGCAGCUUUUAAGUUUUUCGAUCUUGUUCUGCAGCAUCAUCCACUUGCAUUUUCCCUAUAUGCUGAAAAGGUUCUUCAAAAUUAUGGGGAUAUUCUGCGGAAGAACCCAUUUUAUUUGGAAGACAAGGGCAAGCUGAAGAACGUGCUUGCUGGUUUGCAGCGAUGCUUGUCUUUGUUGCCAUCAAAUAAAACAGGAUCUGAUUCAUCUGAGAAGAAAGUUAUUGGCCAAGAUUUGUUGUAUGCUUUUGAGCCUGACACGCCUACAGAAUCUGCUGAGUUAUCUGUCAUCUUCAAUAAACUAAAGGACUUGCUUCCAAUUUUAGUCAAUUGCUUCCAAGAUUUCAUUCCAUUAUUUCAUAGCAUGCCGGUGUUGGAUGCACAAUCAUUUGAUUGCAUGCGGAGCAUACUUCAAAGCAUUGACCUUGUAAUCAGGCUUUUUGUUUAUGAGACUGUAAGGAGUAAUACAGAAUCACAUGCUUCUUUAUGGGAUGAAAAUAUCUUGUUUCUUACACUGAAGAAAAUAUUAGCCGUAUUCCCGCUCUACCCAAUGCAUCACCUUUCAGAGAAGGAUGAUGAGAGAUAUUUUACCUUGAACAUUAUGAUCACUGAAACAUUUUUGCACUUGAGCGAGUGCAUCUGCCCUCCCGCUGACUUGCUAGAGAAAUUUCUUGCGUUUAUAGAGUGUGCGCUGCUUGGAAAGAUCUGCAGUGACACAAGGUCUGGCAGAAUAGUGAGAGAAAAGCAGAUACUUACACUGAUUCCUUUUAUCCCGAAACUUGUAGCACCUGUUACAAGGAAUUGGAAAUCUCACCUUCUACAGGCAUUUACAAAGACAUUCCUCGAGUGCAAUCCAGAGUCCCCAGUAAAGAUGGCUUGCCUUACUGCAAUAGAAGAAAUGCUCUUCUCUGGAGAAGGUGUGCUUUACCCUGAUGUAAGUGAUUCAGAAAUUUUGGACCAUCAAGUCACGUGGAUCAGAGAGCUGCCUCUAUUAUUAAUCCUCUUGGGCAAUAAACAUGCUUCCUCUUCUCAGAUUGUGCUGCAUCUUCUGCUUCGGCUGGGUCAAUGUUCUAUCUUGAACUCCUUCCUCGCAUUGGAAUAUGACAACAUCCAAUACUCACUGCAAGAAUUUUACAGCACAUGUGCGGAAGGGGAUUUGUGCUAUGGUCCUUUCAUAAAGCUUCCUAGGGAAUCUCAAGAACUCUCUAUCUGCUGUCUUUAUUAUUUCUCUCACUUGGAUUCAUUUUUGCUGAAGGCAAUAGCUUCUUGUUGCUUUUGUCCUGAGUUGGAUACAUCAGUAUUGUUUCAGAUGAUAGAGGUUUUGCAUUCAGCUUAUAAAGCUGGUCAUAUUCAGAUAACUGAUCACAUUAGCUUCUUCAUUACUUUGGUCUCCUGUUUCAAAGCUAUGCCAGAAAAUUUGUCUCCUUCAGUGGAGGAAGGCGUGAAGACCUCAAGCUGUAGAACUUUUAAGACAUUGGGCAGGGUUCUUUGCUCAUGUUUGUCAGAGAUGGGUGAUAAUUCUCUAGUUUUUCUGAUACUGGAGAGAAUAAUAAUUGAGCAGAUCUUAUUAACGCCACCUGUAGUCAAUGCCUGUGCUAUGCUGAGAAUGCUUGUUGUGCUAGACUCCAAACCCACAAGACUUUCUGAAGAAAGCAUCACUGCUUUAAGCAAUUUCCUUCCGAAGUAUCUGAUUGAUGUGGUCCAUUAUCCUCUGGGAGAAGCUGACGAGUCCAGACAACGUUAUUAUAUUCUUCCUUGCUUUUUCUUGUUUGAUAGAAGCCAUAAACUUCUACGUCUUGUGUUGAACGCGAUGAGUUCACUGAUAACCGACAGUACUCCACUUUCAUCUGGUGAUCAUGGCCACUCGAGCAGGAUAACGGCUGUUGUUUCUGUCCUACUUCUGAUGCAUAAAGAUUCAAAGAUUGAGCAACUCCUUUCUUUAUUGAGGGCUGAGGUCGACCUCAUCUCGCAAAACAUCUGCUCUGUGCAGUCAUCAGCGGGAAGCAGUCUGAGUGUUGGGGAAAGGCAUAAAAUACAAUGCGCAUUAGAUCAACUAAAGACUAUAACAAGUUCGUUGCCUCAGGAGAUGAAAAAUGCCUAGCGGGAUUUUCCUUUUGUUUUGUUGGCCUUAAUUUAGAGCACAACUAUUCCUGUUAAGUUAAAAAUGGCAGAUAUGCCUACAAUUUUGAGUUUGAAAUAUAACAGUUGAUAGUUAUAGGGAAAUAUUUAUUCAUUUCUUAUUGUACAUAUAGUGGAAAUAGAAUAUAAUUGGUCGUUAUUUAUAACAACUUGUCAAAACCUGGAAAGGUUGAGCUCUUUGUUUCUGUCUUA